AUGGCCAUGGCGUGUGUAGUGGGGCAUGGCCCUACUGCUGCAGCUGGACCAGAAAUAGUCCCGGCGUGGUGGAACAGGCUGGACAGCUGUCUGCGAAUGAUACCACGCAAAUUCCGGCCUUUCCUUUUCCUGGACGGCAACGCCAGGUUCCAACAAGGGCCAGCGGGCGGUGAUACACUUGCUGCGCAACCUCAGAAUCUGCCUGCAACGAUGCUGAGGGAGACUGCCCUUCGACAUUCUUUUGGCUGCAGUGCUCAAGUCGAUGAGUGCUCUAGACCGGUAGUGUCUUGGGUCGGUGGUAAAGGCAAAACAGGGUGCAUUGACUACCUGCUUGUGCCGGACAGCUUAAGAAACGGCUUUAAGACUGAGGGCAGUUGGGGCGACUUCCCCACUAUCCACGGGCCUGAUCACGUGCCAGUUGUUGCACGUGUUCAAUGGACAGAUGCAGCUUUGCCUACCUGUAGCCCUAUGUCCAUUGACAGAGCUGCAAUGCUCACCCCCCAUGGCAGAGAAGAAGUCGUCAGAAUCAUGCAGUCAGCGCCUUGCUUGCCAUGGACUGCUCACGCCGACGACUAUCUCCAUGAACUUAACUCAUACCUUGGCACGCAGCUAGCCGCCUCUUUCCCACUUCACAGGCAGCGACCCCGACAGCCAAGCAUUUCUGACCACACUUGGCGCUGGAUCAGACACCGACGGGCACUGCGGCGCCAGUUGCACCGCAUUCGAAGCACGCAAAAUCUUCAAAGACUUCGUAGGUGCUUCCAAAGCUGGCGUAGGAACAGAACUGAACGCGACCAUGCAGAGAGGUGGAGCCUUCUGCAAGCAAGAGUCGGCCAGAUGAUACGCGCAGCCACUUCCCAGAUUCGCGUGCAGAUGCGCAGAGACACGGCUGCGCACGUCCGGGCCGCUUUCGCCGAGGCGCGCGCAGACGGCCCCGAAGCUGUCGCUCGCUUGCUCCGCAACACCUUGCGUGCGGGUCGAUCCUAUAGGCCGUUGAGGGUCGCGCCUGCGCUUGAAGUUGAUGGGCAGGUUGUCGCAGGCCAAACAGCUGUCGAAAGAACUUUCGCAGAAUACUUCGCGGUUGCUGAAAAGGCGCAGGAGAGCACCAGAGCUGAGCUAGAUGCGCUGCCCAGCGCGGCCCUUGGGCCUGUCGACGCCGACAACACUCCGAGCUUGAUGCAACUUGCGGGACGUUUCGCAAUGAUGAAGCGCAACAAAGCCGCUGGGAUUUCCAAGAUCCCGGCGGAGGCCUUCCGCGCCGCCCCCCAUACAUGCAGCAGCGCUUCACUUCCCCUUGCUACUGCGCAUGGCUGUUGGACGAGAAGCACCUUUCUUGUGGAGCGGCGGGUUGAGUAUCCCGCUGCCGAAGCCAGCUAA